AACAAGAAUCACACAAAACACAGAAAUGAAGAACGCAUUCACUCUCACAACCCUAUUCCUCGUUCUUUCAACUCUGCUGGUAGACCAAAGCCAUGCCAUAACGUGUGGGGAAGUGGACAGUUCACUCAGGCCGUGUUUGCCGUAUCUGAUGGCCGGAGGGGCUCCGACCUCAAAAUGUUGCGACGGGGUGAGGGAUUUAAAGAUGAUGACGCCCACCACGGCUGACAGGCAAACUGCUUGCCGCUGCAUGAAGGAUGACGCUUCGCGUUUUCGAGAGAUAAAAGCCGAGGCUGCCGCCCAACUCCCGAGCAAAUGCAGCGUCGAAUUCGGUGUGCCGAUUAGUAGGGAAGUCGACUGCGACCGCAUAAAAUGAUGAAAGAAGAUUGCUAUAGUCGUGAAGGCACUAUGGAAGAGGGCUUGGUGAAGACAUGUGAUUCUCAUGAAGCUAUGUUUUGUUCCCUUGCGUAAUCGUAGGACCAAUACUGUCUUCUUCAUGGGAUCUCUGUCAUUCUCAAUUUCUCGAUGUGAUGAAGUUGAAUAAAUUUAACUGUUUGGUGCUCUA